AUGGUUUACACAAAGCUGGAGAUAAAAGAUAGACGGGGUGACUCUGCAUUACAGAGUCAUUGUGAACUUUGUCAGAUUAAUUUGUGUAAGGCCUGUGUAGGGGACCAUCUCUCUGAUUCAUCCAUAAGACACAAUGUUGUACCAUACAAACACAGAAAAUCUACUCCUAACGUUAACUACCCAAAAUGUCCAAACCACACGGAGAAACAUUGUGAACUUUAUUGUGAGAAAUGUGACAAUUCUGUCUGUUCUACCUGCAUCUCCUCUGAUAAACAUCAUGGACAUAAAUUAACAGACAUCUUACAGAUUCCCAGCUUCAUUAAGGAAAUUUUAAACAAUGACUUGAAAGAACUAGAACAAAGAAUAUUUCCUACCUAUGAAGGUAUUGCAUCAGAUUUAAACUCUGAAAAAAUCAUCUUGGAAAAACAUUAUGAGAAACUGACAACAGCUGUUACCAAACAAGGAGAAGAGUGGCACAGAGAAAUUAACAUUAUCAUUGUCAACAAAAAAAAAUUUGAAAUUGAUGAGAUGAAAACUAAACAUCUUGCUGCUUUAAAUAAAAAGGACAAUGAAAUCAAAAAGAUUAUUUCUGAUGUUAAACAAUGCAUAAUUGAUCUGAAGAAAAUACUGGGAUCUAAUGAUGUCUCUAUCCUAACCUCUGCAUACAAAUCCAGGAAUACUGAAUUCAGAAGUUUACCUCGUAAAAUUAAUAUUUCAUUACCAAGUUUUUCUUCUCAUCAAAUCAACAGAGAACUACUCCAUCAAAUGUUUGGUUCUAUGUCUGCAUUAUUCAUUACAACAGAAGAACAUGGCUUCACAAUGAAGACAUUAGAAACUGUAUUCUGUCCUCCAAUCAAACCACUGCUUCAUGAACCAGAGCUCAUCACCACCAUAGGCACUGGGUUUGGACCUCUAUACAGUGUUAAUUGUCUCAGUAAUGAAGAAAUCUGGACAUGGGGCAAUGACAAAAUUAUGAAACUCUACAACCUCCAAGGCAAACUACUGAAGUCAAUCCAAACCAAGUCUGGGAACAUACCAUGCGACAUAGCUGUGACAAGCAGUGGAGAUCUAGUUUACACCGACUAUAGUACAAGAACUGUAAAUAUAGUAAAGAAUGACCAGAUACAGGAAGUGAUCCGACUACAGGGAUGGAAACCUUACUACAUCUGUAGUACCUCCUCUGGUGAUCUCCUAGUUAUCAUGGACAGUGAUAAUUAUACACAAUCAAAAGUUGUCCGUUACUCUGGCUCUACAGAGAAACAAACCAUUCAGUUUGAUAGUGAAGAUAAAUCUCUGUUUUCAUCUGGAUUUAACACUCAGUCUACUAAAUACAUCAGUGAGAACAGGAACCUGGAUAUCUGUGUAGCUGACAAUAGAGCCGGUGCAGUAGUGGUGGUUAAUCAGGCAGGAAAACUCCGAUUUAGAUACACUGGUCAUCCCUCUACUAACAAGGGUACAUUUAAUCCAGUUGGCAUCACAACAGACAGCCAGAGUCAGAUCCUGAUAUCAGACUAUAACAACCACUGUAUUCACAUCCUAGAUCAUGACGGACAAUUCCUUAGUUAUGUUGAUAACUGUGAUCUACCAUGUGGCUUAUGUGUAGACACCAGAGACAACCUUUUUGUGGCUGAGUAUCUCAGUGGUAAAGUGAAGAAAAUCAGAUACAUGUAAAUAAUAGAUUUUGAAUAAUGACACGUUUGUCA